AUGACAAUGAUGGGAAAUGCUGUAAAUCAACAAAUACAAGUACCACCACCAGCUGAAAGUGCUUACAUAAGCAUGUCUAAUUUGUAUAAUUGUAUUAAUGGUAAGAGUAAGGAACAUUAUUAUUACAUUCCUCCACCAAUAAUUGAAAAAUAUGUAAUUGAAGGAACGGAAACGGAUACUGAACAUACGGAAAAUAAAAUACCGGAAGCAAAAAAAUCAUUCAAGGAAAUCUCAAAUCCGUCGCAAUUUUCUUCUCGGGAUGCGCACACAUUUGGUAGUUCAUCGGAGGCAUAUACGGCGUAUAAAUUUGAAAUUAGUACAAUUGAGUCAGAAUAUGCUUUUAAUGUUGAGGAAUAUGGUAAUAUUAAUGAGGAAUCCUUGCAAUUAAAUGGAAGCAAUAAAACGGAAUCAAAAGAUGAAAUUUCGGCAAAACAUGAAAAGUUUCCGGAUUCAUACAUUUCUAAGGUAGAGAGUAAUGGUGCUGAAAAAUAUACUACUAGCACAAUGAUUGAAUCGGAAAAGCAAUAUAUUCAAUCAUAUUAUAAUGCUAAUGAGCUAAGUCAAUGGAAAGUUUAUUAA